AUGCUUCGAAAAGCUGGUCCAAAAACACAUCAAAGAUUGCCUCCCCCCAGCUUUGACCCCCACCAGUUUGCCUAUAAAGCAAACAGGUCUACUGAGGACGCCAUCUCCACUGCCCUCCACACUGCCCUGCACCACCUGGAGAAUCCUGGGACCUCUGUAAGAAGGCUCUUCAUUGACUUCAGCUCAGCCUUUAACACCAUCAUUCCAGACAUCCUCAUAGCCAAGCUGGUCAACUUGGACACCCCCCCCCCCCCACCACCACCACCACCACCACAUGUGCCUGGAUCAAAGAUUUCCUCACCGACCGCCCACAGUCUGUCAGGAUUGGACUCAUCAAAGAAUGACGACUCUGCUUAUAGAGAUGAGGUCCAGAGACUGAUAGAGUGGUGUGACAGCAACAACCUUACCCUCAACACCAGAAAGACCAAGGAGGUGGUCAUGGACUUCCGUAAGAGCACAAGGACCCACAUUUCUGGGGACCUGUCUUGGGCGGCUAACACAACUGCCCUAGUAAAGAAAGCCCAGCAGCACCUCCAUUUUCUGAGGGUCUUGACAUGGAACAGGCUGCAGACCGACUUGUUGGUCUCAUUCUAUUGGGCCACGAUUGAAAGCGUGCUGUUGCACGCCAUCCCAGUGUGGUACGCUGGCUGCACAGUGGCCGACAGAAAGAGGCUACAGAGGGUCACCAGAACUGCAGAGAGGGUGAUUGGCUGUCCACUUCCCUCCCUGGACGCAAUCGCCAGCUCCAGAUGUCUCACCAGAGCUAAGGCGAUCAUAAAAGAUCACUUUCAUCCCAACCAUCACCUGUUUAGCAUGCUGCCCUCUGGGAAAAGUUCUUGCUGUUGGGGUUGUCACCAUCUGUCACCAUCUCUCAUGCACCCACUCAUGAGAGAGAAGCCCAGUACUGGACUGGCAGAUCCUGGGACAACGACGACAGAUGAAGGGACCGAGCGCGGGAGCAGAGGGAAGGAAUUGCUGAAGGACAGACAUCACACCACUGUCCUGGCCUCAACCACCACUGCCACCUGUACUACUGCUAUUGCCAGUGAGGAAAAAAGCUGCUACAUCUACAGUACCAUCAUCAGACCUGUGCCCUCCGUCUCCGCAUCUACAGUAAACCCUGAGGUUACUGGCCCCUCCACAUGGCCCAUAAUGUCUGCCAGUCAGUUAAAAAGGGGUUCACGCGCGCCGGUGCCAUAUGCGCGCGCCUGCGCAAUGCUGGAGCGCAACGCGUCUCGCGAGCGGAUGGACCUCAUCUCCAACGCGUCUGCGCACCUGCGCAGAGAGCCGGGGUUCGCCGCGCCGGUGCUGGUGCUGCUGGCCGCCGUCAUGCUGCUGCUCAUCGGUGUGAUCGUGCUGGGAAACGCGCUCGUGAUCCUCGCCUUCAAAACCGACCGCAGCCUGAGGAGGCAGAGCAACUACUUCCUCCUGAACCUGGCCAUCUCAGACUUCCUAGUGGGGGCCUUUUGUAUUCCUGUGUAUUUGCCCUACAUCUUGACAGGCAAAUGGAUGCUGGGCCGAGGGCUGUGUAAGCUCUGGUUGGUGAUGGACUACCUCCUCUGCACCGCUUCCGUCUUCAACAUCGUCCUCAUCAGCUACGACCGUUUCCUCUCUGUCACCAGAGCGGUGUCGUACCGGGCAAGGCAAGGGAUGACCCGCAGCGCCCUGGCCAAGAUGGCUGCCGUGUGGGUUCUGGCUUUCCUCUUGUACGGCCCAGCCAUCUUGCUGUGGGAGGAAGUGACGGGAGAGAGCCAUGUCCCUGAAGAUGAGUGCUUUGCUGAGUUCUUCCACACUUGGUAUUUCCUGCUCUCUGCAUCCACACUCGAGUUCUUUUUUCCCUUACUCUCUGUGACUUUCUUCAACCUCAGCAUAUACCGCAACAUCCGUGAGAGGAGGCUUCGCUACCAGCAGGACACGUGCUUGCCCAAGAUCCGUAGCAUGACGUCUCCCAAGCGUGAAAGGCUUCGCUUGGUCUCCUACAUCUGCCGCAGCUCUCUCACAACGAAGAAGAAGCCGGAAACUGACGGUGAUAAUUGUUCAUCUCCUACAGGACGCACUGACACAAGGAGUAUACGAAGGACUCAGUGUACGCGCCUCAUUCAGGACAAGAAGAUCGCAAAGUCAUUAGCUGUGAUUGUGUGUGUGUUUGCUGUAUGCUGGGCACCGUACACACUGCUGAUGAUCAUACGUGCUGCCUGCAGGGAGCACUGUGUAUCACACCACUGGUACGAAGUGACAUUCUGGCUGCUGUGGCUCAACUCUGCCAUCAACCCGUUCCUGUAUCCUCUGUGCCACAGCAGCUUCCGUAGGGCUUUCACAAAAAUCUUGUGCCCCAAGCAGCGGACCUCAGAAGUGCCAUCAGAUAAUGCAUCUAAUAACCAGAGAUAG